AUGUUUGUUUAUUAUCCUCGUAUGAGUAAUGUAUACGGUUGUAUAACAUUCUUUCCUCCAGAAGUAUGGAAAGAAAAAAUGAAUAGUUCAGAAUCAUCAUUAGACUAUGCAACACUUGGAAAAUGGUUAAAAGAAUUGAAAUGGACAUCGCAAUCAAUAACUGAAUGGCAGCAAUUUUAUAAUAAUGCACCACGUGUCGUUAUGGUUGGUCGUGCAGGUCAAUUUGACUAUAUAAAUCUAGCUAAAAUACCAGAGUAUGAAGAUUUAAAACCAACAGAAUGUAAAAGAGGCGUUCCAAAUUCGGCUAUUCAUCAAAAUGCAUUUAUUCUUUUUACAGUUAUUUCAUUGUUUACAACAAUAAUGUGA